AUUCGACCAUGCACCCACCAACGCACACAUACUAAACAAAUCUUCAAAUCGUCCGCUUUUCUUUAACCUGCAGAUGAACUGAACUUCUACGCCAUCUCCGUGUCCUUGCCGUCCUUUCGCUUUAUUCCCUUACAUGUUCCGAUGGACGUUGACGAGACGAGACGCGAAGGACAUUUCCCAAUACAGUAAUUUCUACGAGUUUUGCUCAGCCUUGCCUUUUUGGUUGGGCCCCCACAUUCUCCAAGGGUAUAUAAAGGACUCUGUACCGCCCGAGGGGUCUCUCCCACUUCUUUCCUCCCAUUAUAAUCAUCAUGCGUUUCUCUUUGAUUCUCUCUGCUCUCGCCAUUUCUGUUGUCGCGACCAGCGUCAACAAGCGCCAAGAAGCUAACGAAGGCGAGAACGGAUCCACUGUCGUCGACUCGAGUGCUGCAGGCGAAUCUUCUACGAUGAUCAUGAGCUCCAGUUCAGGUGCAGGCGGAAGCGUCUCUACCAGCGCCCCGGCAUCCUCUGGCAGUGGAACCUCUACCUCCAGUCAAUGCGUCGCGCUUUGUGACAAGGCUUCUACGAUCUACGAGACCUGCCAUAACCAAUCCAACUCGCUCACCUGCUUCUGCACGCCCGCCAGCAUCGAUGGUCUCGCCGAUUGUGCAGCCUGCAAGGAUGCCAUUGGAACGAGUGACGCUAAGAUGGAAGCUUCUGCUCUGAAGGAUCAGAUUGGCGGUAUUCUACAGGCCUGUAUGUCCCAGAGCAUGACCGUCGCCUCACCAAGCAAGAUCACAAUCACCUCCACUGCCAGUGUUGGAAAUCCGUCUCAAAUCACCGCUCCCCCUGCUGCCAAAAUCACCGGAGGUGCAGGCACCAGCAACAAGUCCGCUUCUGCCUCUAAAUCUGGAGCUUCGUCCUCACCCUCGGGAACCUCUGCCAACAGAAACGGCGCGGAUAAUGCCUUCGGUAUCUCUGCUAGUCUUGUUGGUCUCGCCGUCCUCGUCGGUGCAGCUGGUGCAGUCGCGUUUUUCAUUUAGAAUACAGGGACUCGUGUGAUAUUGUAGCUUAGGUUCGUUCGGUUACGAUUUUGUUUGAGUUAGGACAUGUAAGUAUGUAGCACAG